CUUCCGGCUUCCUCUUUCCGUUGAAGAGCAAGUCAGAGCUACUGCUGCAAUGGCAAAGCUAAUUUUAAAACUGUGGUUGAUGUAUACGGUUUUAUGCAGUGCUGUCCAGGCUGUGUUUGAAGAUCAAGUAGGAAAAUUUGACUGGAGGCAGCAGUAUAUAGGAAAGGUCCGCUUUUCUCACUUCGACACACAUGUGCAGUCAUCCAAAAAAGUGCUUCUAGCAACAGAGAAUAAUGUGUUUGCCGCUCUCAAUACACGGACGGGAGAACUCUUCUGGCGACAUGUGGAUAAGACUGGGCCAGAGGGAAAUAUCGACGCUUUUCUCCAUCAUGGAACAGAUGCAGUGCUAGUGGUUGGAAAUGGCCGCCUGCUGCGCUCCUGGGAUGUCAAUAUUGGUGGUUUGAACUGGGAAGUUGUGCUCGACUCCGGCAGUUUCCAGUCUGCGUGCUUAGUCGGUCUGCAGGACUUUGUGAAACAUGUGGCAGUUUUGAAAAAAGCUGUCAUCUCUCUCCAUUACCUUUCUAAUGGUCAUCAAAAAUGGAUAGAGAAUCUGCCAGAAAGUGAAACGGUGGAUUACCAGGCUGUAUAUUCUGGAAAUGGUGACGUUUAUGCAUUAGGAGUCGUUCCACAUUCCCACAUUGCUAUUGUUGUUUAUAGUUUGGACGACGGAGAGAUAAUCAAACAGGUCUCGGUCGAAGCUCCGUGGCUUUCCAGCAUGCAGGCCAACUGUGUCGUGCUGGGGCAGGGAAUUUUGACAUGUGUGGACUCAGCAACUAUGUCAUUAUACACACUUGACUUGCACCUGGAGUCACAGAUGACCCAGAUUUCCCUGCAGUCGCUUGGACUUGAAGUAGCACCAGGUUUUCAUCCAGUUCUGGUGGCACACCAGCCAAACCCAGCCCGUCAGCCUCACUCAGAGUUCCUCCUUCAGCUCGGGCCCGAUCACCACCUGCUUCUUCAGCUCAAUAAUGGACAGAUAGUCACACUGAGGGACUUCAACCCCGCUUUGCUGGUUUCAUUUUCAACCACUGGAGAAAAGACCGUCGCAGCCGUCAUGUCACCCAAGAAUAAAACCGCUUGCAGCGUCAACCUCUACAGCGCUGAAACCGGACGCAGACUUCUAGACACAACCCUGAUCUAUAAUAUGGAUCCUAACGGUGGGAAACCAGAGAAGCUCUAUGUGCAGACAUUUCUGAAGAAGGACGACUCUGUGGGCUACAGGGUCAUUGUGCAGACGGAAGACCACACGCUCACUUUCAUACAGCAGCCAGGGCGUGUCCUGUGGACCAGAGAGGAGGCCCUGUCGGACGUGGUGACAAUGGAAAUGGUGGAUCUGCCCCUCACAGGAACGCAGGCCGAGCUGGAGGGAGAGUUCGGCAAAAAGGCCGCCAUUCAAGACGGGCUGCUGUCGAUGGUGUUGAAGAGGCUCUCCUCUCAGCUCAUCCUGCUGCAGGCCUGGAUGUCUCACCUCUGGAAGCUGUUCUACGACGCGCGCAAGCCUCGCAGCCAAGUCAAAAACGACGUCACCAUUGAGAACCUGUCCAGGGAUGAGUUCAACUUGCAGAAGAUGAUGGUUAUGGUUACGGCAUCUGGGAAGCUCUUUGGGAUUGACAGUAAGACUGGAAGUAUUUUGUGGAGGCACUACCUGGAGAACAUCCCAGCGAAUGCAGCUUUCAAACUAAUGGUGCAGCGGACGACUGCGCACUUCCCUCAUCCUCCGCAGUGCACCCUGCUAAUCAAAGACAAGGACACAGGCCUGGCCACGCUACAUGUAUUUAACCCCAUCUUCGGAAAGAAGAGCCACAUCACUCCACCUGCUCUACCUCAGCCAAUACUUCAGUCCCUCAUGCUGCCACUCAUGGACCAGGAUUAUGCAAAGGUCUUGCUUCUCGUAGACGAUCAGUACAAGGUCUCUGCUUUUCCUUCUACAAAGAACGUGCUGCAGCAGCUGCAGGAGAUGGCCUCCUCCAUAUUCUUUUAUCUCGUCGACUCCAACCAGGGAAGGCUCUCCGGUUACAGACUGAGAACGGACUUGUCCACCGAGCUGAUCUGGGAGGUCGUCAUUCCAUCGGAGAUACAGAGGAUCGUCUCUGUCAAAGGGAAAAGGCCCAAUGAGCAUGUGCACUCCCAGGGCAGAGUGAUGGGAGAUCGUAGCGUCCUCUAUAAGUACCUGAACCCGAACCUUCUGGCUGUGGUGACCGAGAGCACGGACCUGCAUCAGGAGCGCAGCUUCGUUGGGAUCCUCCUGAUUGAUGGCGUGACCGGCCGCAUCAUCCACGAGGCCGUUCAGAGAAAAGCCAGAGGCCCGGUGCACGUCGUGCACUCUGAAAACUGGGUUGUGUACGAAUACUGGAGCACCAAGUCCCGCAGGAACGAGUUCUCUGUGAUUGAACUGUAUGAAGGGAUGGAGCUCUACAACAGCACAGUGUUCAGCUCCCUGGAUCGGCCACAUGCUCCACAGGUGCUGCAGCAGUCUUACAUUUUCCCCUCGUCCAUUUCUACCAUGGAGGCCACCCUGACCGAGAAGGGCAUCACCAGCCGCCACCUGCUCAUUGGUUUGCCAUCUGGAGGGAUUUUGUCUUUGCCGAAGAUGUUCCUCGACCCCCGCAGGCCAGAGAUAGUAUCUGAGCAAAGCCGAGAAGAGAACCUGAUACCGUAUGCACCCGAGCUGAUGAUCCGCACGGAGUGGUUCAUCAACUACAAUCAGACUGUAUCGAGAGUGCGGGGUAUCUACACCGCCCCCUCUGGACUGGAGUCCACCUGCCUGGUCGUGGCAUAUGGUCUCGACAUCUACCAGACCCGCGUGUAUCCCUCGAAGCAGUUCGACGUACUAAAAGACGACUACGACUACAUGCUGAUCAGCAGCGUACUGUUCGCCCUCUUCUUUGCCACCAUGAUCAGCAAACGCCUGGCAGAAGUCAAACUGCUCAACCGGGCCUGGCGAUAAAGUGAUCGUCAAAAUCCCACAUCUGACAGCCCCGCGGCUGCACGACGGACCUCAGCCCGAGGAGACUGCUGAGGCCGAGCCUGGAGAAGAACACAGGACAAAGUUCAAUAAGGCCCAUAAGGAACUGCAGGGGUGAGGGGACAGCGGGGAGGGAUUAGUAAAGGUUUUACGUGUUUAUUUUUUAACUUAUUUUGCAAGGAAAAAAUGAAAUAAUUUCAUAGUAGAAUAAUUGUUUUUUUUUUUUUGUGCCACAUCAUUUUGAUUAAAUGUUUAACACAUAACUAAUUACAGACCAAUGACUCAGAUUUAUUAAAUUGUGGAGGUUGGAAAUUCCUACACAUGUGAAAGUUAGGUGCUUACAAAAUGUUAGUUUUUCCAAGAUUACUUUGCGUCAUCAGACAGUGAUAAUAAAUGUGGAGGUCAGAGAAAAACCCAGAAGAAACACGAUUUGGUAAAAUCCUGAGGUUUGGUGGGUUGUUUUUUUUUUUUCUAGCCUCCUGCAUCACCGUGAUACUCGAAUGCUGUUUGGUUUGAUGGCGAAUGAACUGUGAACUAUGUGAGCGCUGAAGUGUGAGGUGAUCUUUUAGGAUGGAUGUGACAUGACUCUCCCAACAGAAGCACCGCCACCAUCACACGCUUGAACAAGGAAAACAACCGACAGUAGCGUUACAUUUUAUUUUGUGCACCACUCGUCCUGCAGCUCAUAUGUUCGUGAGCAGUUUGAUCCACUCUCAGCUACUGUUGACGCUCCAUUAAAGUUUCUCUCAGAACUCCA